UCCCCCAAAGUGACGUAUAGCCGGGAAAUCCGCUGCUCCACGUAGGAAUGCGUGAAAUGACGUAACGAGAACGGGGGAAUUCUCGCGAGAGUUCAGUUAGUCGGGCCUGGAUCUCGCAGGGUACCGGCUGAGUCCACUCUGCGCCAUGACUGAGGCGGCAGGACGCUCCGCUUCCCCCCGAGAGGAGGGCGAGCUGGAGGACGGGGAGAUCAGCGAUGACAGCGUCAGACCCGACAGUCCCAAGCCCGUCCGCCACCGGCCCAGCAGCCGUGGACAUUCGCACCAGUACCAUGGCCGUCCGUCACGGCCGCUGCUACCCACACCGCACGGCUAUAGGCCUAAGGAGCAGUACCGGCUGCCGCCCCGCAUCCCGCAGCCCUCCUCCGUAGGGGACAUCGGCUCCAGGCCUUCCUUCUGGCAGCGCAGCCAUGACACGCUGGGCCGGUUCCGUUCCCGGGGCAGAGGAGGGCGCUUCUGGGAACGAGAAUGGGUGGACCGAGGUUCGAAACCCGGCGGACCGAGACCCAACAACUGCGGCUGGAGGGACCCUUCCCCCCGAAAACCUUCAGUUAAAAGCAGAUCGCCACCAAGGAAAUCUGCUCACUCCGAAGAAGAAAGCUUUGAAGAACUUCUCUUAAAAUAUAAGCAGAUUAAACUAGAACUUGAAUCAAUAAACAAGGAUGAGAAGCUUGUUCUCAAGGAAGAUUCAGUAAAAGCAGAAGUAUGUGUUGUGGAAAACACAACUGUACCUCCUGCUCCAGAAGAAAAAAGUAUUGUGGAAGAAGUGGCCACUGAGGCCGUGGUCAAAGAGAAGCCACCAGUAUUGGCAUUUCAGGCCUUUGAGCUGAAACCUCUUAGGCAAAAGCUAAAACCAGUCUCUGAACAAAAAAAGCCAAACACCUUGGAGGAAUCUAAGCCAAGUGAAAGUGUAUCUGAAGAAAAAUCUGACCAGAGUACAGAAAGUAUAAAGGAACCUGAUCAGAUUGAGACCUUUCCUGAAGAUAUUACUGCGGAUGUGGUUGCGAAACCUGCUAAAGAGGAAGAGGAAUUGUCAGAACUCCACUUGCGCCUCUUGGCUUUGCAAUCUGCAAGUAAGAAAUGGCAUCAAAAAGAACAAUUAGUAAUGAAAGAAGGCAAGGAGAAACUAUCAAAGGGCAAGAUGGAACUACUGAAAGAUGGGGGGAAGCCAGAACUCCAAAAGGAAAAGAGCAAUACAAACUCUGUUAUGCCACGCAAACUUAGUAGUGUAGCUAAUGCAGCUAAACAGGCACGAAGAAGGCAGCAAACAAAAGCAUGGAAAAAGUUGCAACAGCAGAAAGCUGAAGAAAAGCGCAAAGAGGAGGAAGAGAAAAAGAAACAAGCUGAGGAGGAAGAGAGAAGAAAACGAGAAGAGGAAAUUCGGAAGAUUCGAGAUCUGUCAAAUCAUGAAGAGCAAUACAAUAGAUUUAUGAAGCUUGUGGGCGAUAAGAGUAAACGCAGCAAGUCUUUUGAUGCAGAGCAAAAGCGAGCUGAAAAACAGAGCCUAGAAAAUUCUGGUGGUAUUUAUCAGUAUGAUAACUAUGAGGAAGUUGCAAUGGACACAGAUAGUGAAACAAAUUCUCCAGGGGUUUCUCCAUCAAGAUCACCUUAUUUCCCUGGAAAUACAGUAGGAUGCGUUCCAUCAGUAUUAUGUGUAACUGAGCAAUUCCCUUCAGAAGUUUGGCCUUCCCGUUGUGAGGGUUCAAUGUAUGACCCAGUCAUUUCAAAGAGCUCUCCAGAAGUGCUACUACCACCUCCGCCACUUCCACCUGAGGAACCGGAGCAGCCUCCUAAACCUCCUUUUGCAGAUGAAGAGGAGGAAGAGGAAAUGCUGCUGCGUGAGGAACUUCUCAAGUCUUUAGCUAACAAAAGGGCUACCAAAGUAGAGGAACAAACUAGUGUCAGCCAACCUUCAUCACCACCUCUCAUUGAUGUCUUGCCUGUACCGAGGAUUACUUUGUCAUCAGCGAAUAUUAAUUCUACUGCACAUCGCAAAACAAGCACUCAGAUAGUAAGAGUUCUGAGACCAAUCAGGCGUGUAAUAAAGCUUCCAAAGCACAAGUCAGUAGUUGUUACCUUAAAUGCGUCUGAUGACAGCGAAUCUGAUCCUGAGCCGGCCAGUCCAGUGGGUGUUUUUGGAGGACUUGAGUCUAUGAUCAAAGAGGCCAGAAGAACUGCUGAAGCGUCCAAACCAAAAGCACCUUCUAAAUCUGAAAAAGAAAAUGAUCCUAUGAGGACCCCAGAAGCUUUGCCAGAUGACAAAAAAAUGGAAUAUCGUCUGUUGAGAGAAGAGAUUGCCAGCCGAGAAAAGCAAAAACUUUUGAAAGCAGACCAAUCAAGAGUAAGUUCAUCUCCAACAAACUCUGACCUGGAAGGAGAUGGCAGCAGAAGAUCUGUGAAGGAUCUGAAAGUGACUGAGGCUGAAUCAAGACACAUGAAACAGAAAAUGUUGCUAUUAAAGGAUGAAUCUCUGUUAAAACAUCUCUUACAACAAGAAGAAAAGAAAAAAGAAUCCAUCAAAACUGCUGAGCUGAAGAUCACCAGGCUGACAGAACAGCUGCAAGCAACUGAGAAGUUCCUGAAUGCAAAUCGGGUCUUUCUGAAGAAAUUGCAAGAACAAAUUUCUAAAGUACAGCACAGAGUUGAAGAAAAAAGGACGCUCUCUCUAAAAUUUGGGGAAGAACUUGCUCGAGCAAAAGCACUGGCUAGUCAGGAACUAGGGAAAAGAAAGUUGGAGCCCAGCAAUAUGGGAGCAAAUAAAAUGUUUAAAUCAGAUACAGGCCUGGUUGGGAGCCCAAAGAGACAGUCUGCAGAGGCUAUUGCUCGGGAGAAAAAACGACUGCAAGAACUGGAGCAGGAAUAUGCCCUUAAAAUCCAAAAACUUAAAGAAAUGCAAGCUCGAAAAAUGAAAGAGCACGUUGUAUGCCACCCCCCUGUAGUAGAGGAGCAGACAGCAUUUACAUUACCACAGCCAUCAUUACAUGACCUUUCUCAGGAUAAAAUAACAUUAGACUCCGAGGAGAAUGAGCUGGAUGAUGAGGAUUUGUCUUUCUCUGUUAAAGAACGACGGAAAUCAUUCCGUGACUCAAACUCUUUUACUAAACCAAACCUUAAGCAUGCUGAGCUUACUCCCUACAAAGAAACUUCUAGCACACCUGCCAAGAUAGCAACAGAAGGACAAGAACUUUUUUUGGGUUUGAAUAUUGAAGAAGUUAGAAGACUACAUUCCAGCUCUAGUAACUUAAACCAGCUCCUGUCAAUGGUCUCGACUCUGCUGGUGUCUUCAACUAAACUCUCCUCUGGGAAGGAAAUGCCUAUGGAUGUAGAGUUAUUUAACAUCCAAACAAAACAGACUGAUGCAAGACCAUUGCCUUUUGGUCCUUACCAUAGUCCACUUUUGACUUUCAAAUCUUAUAGGUUUAGUCCGUAUUUCCGUACAAAAGAAAAACUGCUGCUGAGCUCUGUUUCCUACAGCAACAUGAUCGAACCCAAAACUUUCUUCUGUCGGUUUGAUCUUACAGGCACGUGUAAUGAUGAUGACUGCCAGUGGCAGCAUAUGCGUGACUGUACACUAAGCAGGAAGCAAUUAUUUCAAGAUAUAUUAUCUUACAAUUUGGACCUUAUUGGAUGUUCUGAAAACAGCACGGAAGAAGAAAUUAUAGCCGCAGCAGAAAAAUAUGUUGACAAACUCUUUGGUGUUAAUCGGGAUCACAUGUCCAUGGCUCUGAUGGCUGUUCUUCUUGUUAGUCAUGUCAAUGAAAGCCGACAUCACACGCCACCCCACACUACCUAUAAAGAGAAGCGGAAAUGGAAGCCUAUGUAUUGGAAAAAGCCAUUGUUAGAUGGUAGCAGCAGCGAUGAAGAUGACUCUUCCAAAGUAAUAAGCUGUGCACGUCUCCCAGAGACCAAGACAAAGGUUCCCAUUCAUGAUGCUGUUGUGACUUCAGAUGAUGUUAGGUAUUUCACAAACGAAACCGAUGACAUUUCCAACUUGGAAGCUAGUGUUCUUGAAAACCCUCAAGACAUACAACUAUGGAUCAAGCUUACAUAUAGGUGCCUAAACCAUAAUGAAGGGACCUCAUCUGAGUGUUUGGAUUCAGCACUGAAUGUAUUAUCUCGUGCGCUGGAGCAUAACAGAGACAAUCCAGAGAUUUGGAGCCACUACCUCAAAUUAUUCUCCCAAAGAGGAUGUCGAGAAGAAAUCCAAGAAAUGUGUGAAACUGCUGUACAGUAUGCCCCUUCCUAUCAGACUUGGUGGACAUUCCUUACUUUGGAGACUUCCUUUGAAGGGAAGGACCAAGUGUGUAGUCGAUUAUUGCAGUACCUGGUGCAACAGGUAGAGGCAGGAAAGAAAUGUGACCUACUUUCACUGCAGUGUCUCGAAGUCUUAUUGUACCGUGUACAUGUGAACCUGCUCUCUGGAAGACUGCAGAAUGCUCUUGCUAUUUUACAAAAUGCUUUAAAGUCCCCUUGUGAGAAGAGUUUAGCAGAUCACCUCACGCCUAAGGAUCGCUGCUUAGCAUGGCUUUCUUACAUUCACCUGAUGGAGUUCAGUAGCCUGCCUGCUAAUUUCUAUGAUCCAACAGUUACAAACCCUUCAAGGAUAGUUAACAAGGAGCCGUUUCUAAUACCUUGGCUGAAUCCCCAAAGUGUAACGACUGAUCCUGUCAUGCUGCUUGCCCUAUUUGAAGCUGCUGUGUAUUCUUGCUCUGAUGAAAACUUGAAUGAGGAGGAAAGAAUAGAAGUUUGUCUACCACUUUAUCAGAAUAUGAUCUCGCUUCAUCUUAUGCUUGAAAGGCACUUUGCUGCAGUGAAUCUUUGUAAGGAGCUGCUGGAAAAUUCUAGUAGAAACUGUGAUCUACUAGAAUGUUUAUGCUCAGUGUACAUGAAGCAAGGACAGCCAGAAAAUGCUGUGGAUGUCUGGAUCUCUGCAUUCAGAAAUAAUCCAUGGAAUGCACAAAUCUUCUAUAAAGCCUGCAAGUUCCUAGUACAGCUGAACCGUUUAGAUUGUGUGUCGUCUCUAUUGGAAGUAUUUUUAACAUCAUUCUUUGAAAACACUAAUGAAAAAUAUGCUCCAGCAGAUCUUUUAAGAUACCUCUUGAAUUUCUCAGUGCCACUAGAUUUCAUAGCACCAGCAUUAAAAAAUGAUGGACCUCUUAACAUUUCAAAUAUGCAAAGACCAUACCUCUGGCUUGUCUUCUGCUUGUGGCAAUCUCUUUACGCCACCAUAGAGGAGGCAGUUGAUUCAUAUGAAGCAGCGUUGGGGGCUGUGAUGCAGCAGGACAUACUGCAGAAGCUUUGGAUGGAUUAUCUUGUCUUUACUAACAGCAAAGUAAUGGGAUGCAGGAGUAAAGUUCAAGAUAGUAAACAUUUUGCAGAUUUAAUUAACAGAUGCCUAAUGACUGUCCCCACGCGGCAGCCCACUCCUUUUAGCACAGCUGACUACUGGACCAACUAUGAGUUCCACAAUUCGGUCAUAUACUAUUACUUAAGCUGUGUACCACAAAGUCAGCAUUCUAAGAUACUGGAACGCUUCUCUUCCAUGAUGCCUAUGAAUCUUGGUCUUGCACUCAGGGUACUUAAACAAGAAAUGGAUGACAACAAUUUACAAAUUGUGAAAAUGCAGUCCAAGAUGUUUACAUAUAACUUCCCAAUGUGCCUGACCAUCUGGAAAAUAGCCAUUGCAGUGGAAACUUUCCUAAAGGGACAUAAGGAGGUCCAGCACUUAUAUCAAAGGGCCCUGCAGAAGUUGCCUCUGUGUGCUGAGCUCUGGAAAGAUCAACUCUUGUUUGAAGCAUCAGGAGGAGGUAAAACUGAUAACCUGAAAAAACUAGUUUCCAAGUGCCAAGAGGUUGGAGUCAGCCUAGAUGAGCUCUUAAAUUUAAACACAGAAAGCAAGAAUCACUGAACACUGGUUGCAGUCAGGCCAAAGUCUAAUUCUAAAUUGCCAAAAUGGUCAAGAAUAGAUUGAUUCAGAUUAGGCUGUGAAAAUCAGACCUAUUCUGAGUCAACCAUGCUUUCUGUAACUACAUAGUGUACAUUUACUGCCACCUUAAACUGGAGACAUGAAUUCCAAACUCAGGCCAGGCUACAUGGCCCCACAAGAUACUCUUUACAUCAUGUACGUAAGUAUAGUUCAUCUAAAACUGCUGUUUUAUUGUUUCUGUCUAUUUUGUGUUUGUUCUUUCCCUCUCCUUCUUCCUUUUAUUUUACGAUCCCCAUUUGUUGUGAUGUUUCUAACUUGCUUGACUCUCUGACUGAUGCCUGUGAGACCCUAUGUCUGAGAUAACUAUGGGGGCUGCUAUUUACAAUCCAAAAGCAAUCAGUCUCUAAUUCUAAAUCUUUAGCCAAUUUGGUCAUUGUUUUAAUAGAACGGUGGGGAGGUUCCAGGGAAUUUAAGUUAAUCCAAAAAGCAGCAGGUCUUCAGGCAGGUAGAGGCCAUCAGUCUGCUAAGUGCACAUGAGGGGCUUUCUUUUUUCUUUCUUUUUUUUUUUUUUUAUUAAUUUUUUUUCCAUAUUUCUGCAUUUUGGACUUUAAAGCCGAGACUGUUAAACUUGAAGACAAACAAUACUAAAUGCAAAAUGCCAGUGCAUCAGAGCCGAAGAGUGGUCAAUUAUGUGCAAUUUUUUUUUUGUGAAGUUUAAUUUAUAAUAAAGUUUAACAGUUUAAAGUAAAGUAUAUAAUGGAAAAAAUGUUUUGUAUUAUGGUACUACCUUGUGUAGUAUUCAAAUGUUUAUGCAAACUAAUUUUAAGAAAUA